UUCUAUAUACAAGGGUAGGCCUAGCAGAGGGUACGCAAAUCUCCCUACUAUUCUGUUAAGGCCGUUAGGGUGACUUCAGACAGGUAUCCGUUACACAUUUUGUUUAUUUUAUAUAGCCAGUUGUUAGCUCAAGUCAUAUUGGAUUUUGGAUUUCCAACAGAGACAAGGGAUUCCGCUUAGGCCCCUAAAGUGUCAUACCACAGAAAAUGCAUAGCAAAACAUUUACUGAACCAGUGGUUCUGUUUGCAAGCCCCCCUCCUCUUGAAGAGCUGUGUGCCAUCACAGUGACUCUAUCUAGUGGGAUAACCUUCUCACAGAUAGCUUCUACCUGGCAACCACAGAUAAUGAAAUGCAGAGAAAUUAUUUUUACAGAGCCAGAUAUUCUUGCUACUCCUGCAUUUGAUGUAGAAAAUUGUUUCAGUGUUGUACUGCAGCAGUCCUUGUUUAAGACAGGAAGAUUACAAAACAGAUUUCAGAAGAUUGGAUUAGAGACAAGCAAGCCCUUCCGUGUGACCCCUGCCCUUUACCAGUCUUGUCUGAGGUAUACAGUCACGGCCAAAAUAGCCCCCACUUGGAACAAAGCAGGAGAGUGGAUGGUGCAGGGCCGUGACUUUCUCACCCACACUGGUUAUGCAAAUGCAGUGAAAAUGAAUUUGACAGUAAACAGUGAUGAGCUGUUUGUAUCUCUGUUGGCCACAUCUGUCAAGUUUCCACCAUUACAGGUGAUUGAUCUUGAUGUUGACCAGAACUUCCUGAAUUUAUUGAGGAUAAAUCAACCUGACACAAUAAAAGAUAUGUCUCUUUACAACUGUUGGUGUCAUGUGUUGCCAAGCAUGAAGAGAGGGCGUGUCUGUAGUGUGAGUCGAAAUGUGCCAGCUGAUGGGCCUUUUAAAUCCUAUAGAGAUCUGAAGAGACAUUGGAAGAAUACUUAUGGCUACCGGCUACCGGACACAGAAGAUGACAUGAUGUUCUACCAGAUUUCAUUUCGACAGAAUGGAGGAAAACUUUUCACCUACCCCAGUGUAUGUCUGAGAGCAGCAGAUAUGCAGAGAAUCCCUCGAAUUGACCCGAAGCCAAUUCUCAUUGCCUUCAUUCAAGACCUGCACAGCAAACUACCAUCCAUCUGUGGCCAUCCUCUGAAGUUCCUACCUAAAGUCAGAUAUGCCAUUCCAGAGCUCUAUGAUAGUGGCCAGGCCAAAAAUGGUGCUCAUCCAAACCUGUCAAACAAGAACCCUCAUCCCUCAUCUGUCCCUCUCCGUAACAGUAAGGAUCUAUCACACAUGUAUGUUCACAAACCUUACGCCCCCAUCACUGCACAAGCAAACAACCAGCUUUCCCCAGCCGAGGGAACUCCAUGUCCCACUGCUUUCUCCCAGGCCGCACCAAGAGAUGACUCACAACCUUCAUCUGUGUCAAGCCAAAGAUCAACAUACGAUGCCAGCAGGCCUGGUAGCUCAAUGGCUUCAAUGCUAGCAAGUCAUGUAGCCACCUCUCAGUGCUUAUAUGACUCUGUAGGACAUCCACAACAGCCAAGAGUAAUUCCUGAUCAGGCUCCAACAGUGAACACAUUAAAUGGUGAUUCCUACAUUGCAUCACAGAAUUCCUCAAGCAGUUCCAUUAAAAUUGUUCCAGUUUUCAGACCCAAGGCAUUCAAAUGUUCAUCAGUGUCCAAGGUAGCUGCUACACCCCGAACAGUGCCCAGGUUCAAACCAAAACCAAGGCCAGCUUCCUCAGACUGCCAAACAUCACGCAGUGAUACCAAACAGGCAGUUGUUGAUAAACCAGGGUCAUAUGAUGUCUGUUCUAAACACAGUACCUCACAGCCCAUUAGAGGCACCAUUGCAAGGAAAACAAUUCCAUCAGUUUAUCAGGCAACUGAAUGCUCUCACAUCAAACCAAAUUCAACCCCACAAAGACCUGACCCAAAGACCCCUAUUGCUCCGGUACCCAGGCUAAGUGUAUCAUCAGGAAGUCCAGCCUAUACUCUGCAGUCCACAAGUGUGUUCAACUCGACAGACUUGGUGCAGGUUGUCACCAGCCAUGACAGCAGUCAGAAUGCUGAAUAUUUGAAGAGGAAAGCAAGUAGUGAUGAGGUUGAGAGUUCUAUGAAGAAACCACGAGCCAAGGCCCAGGUUCAGGAUGUAGAUGUGGAGAUGAUGGCCAGAGCUAACCAGCUGAACAAAGUGAAUAGUGUCACUCUGUUGGCCUGGCUCAAAAUGAAAGGUGUGCCAUGCAAGACAAAAGACAAGAAAUCAGACCUCGUCGACCAUGUGAAUCAUAUCAUUCAACUUAACAAGACAGAAGAAUAGAAAUUAGAAGAGAAGGUAUAUUGAGAUAUAGUGCUUGUUCAUAGAUUUAUCAGAAUGAGUUAAGAAAGGAUGGUCAUCUGUUAUAACAUUAUGCAUAUAGUGUACAACAGGGAUUUAUCUGCACAUGCUCGGAGGGCAAUAGUCAAGCCAAAUCUGCAGCAAAUGUCAGUAACAAUUCCCAAUGCCAUCAUUCUCAAUUCCUAAUAACACAAGAUCAUUAUUUUUAAAAAAUCCAAUUUUGAAAAAACAAACGAUGUUACAUAUUUUUCCCAAUUUACCUGCCAAAGGCACUUUGUGAGGAAUCCUUGGUAGAAUACUUGAUGAAAGACACAUCACAUACAAAGUCUUACCAGACAUCCAUGCAUCAUGUGAUUAAUAGUUAAUGCCCACAGAUUACUUUAGUUUAUUGUUUAGAAAAAUUAAAGUAUAAAAAAUAAAAUCCUGCCUCAGUUUUGAAAAAAAAUGGAUGAAAAUCUAAUGACAAAUAUAUUGUGGCCUUAACUGUGAAAUUUUAUGUUAAAUAUGUUGUUUAUCAGAGCCUAAAAGCAAACUGUUUCGUUAUACUUAUUGAGAUAUCCAAGCAAGUUGUGUCAUAUGUACUUAACAUGGAAUGCUAACCACUCAUUGAGGUAUUCAUGUACUUGGAAAUCUUCACCUGUAAUUAUUAGGAACACAACAGAAUCAGAUUAAGAAUAGUAUUUAUUUUAUUGCAUUAACAAACAAUCAUAACACUUUCUGUACCAAACACCAACAUGAAAGCCAAGUCUUGUCCAAAUCUCAGUAAAGUAGAUUUCCAAUUUGGAUUGUAAAUUGUGAAGUGGAAAACCUACUAGUGGUGUAAAAAAACCAUGUCAUUUGAAACUACUUCUGGCUUGAUGGCAUGGCAUACUAGCCCAUAGUGUUUCCAUCAAAUUAAAGAGUUUACAGUCACAGACCGCAGUUCACUGGGUCAGCAUCUUGUUUUAUUUCAUAAAUCACACAUAGAUACAAUACCAGUUGUGGGACAACAAACACAACCCAUGGGUAAGCCCUCAUUACAAAAUGAGCACUCAAUUAAUACUUGCAUAAGACUUUUAACAUUAUCUAACAGUUCUUUAGAUGCACCAAUAAAUGCCCAAUUUCAUGAAAUCAUGUAUGUGCAAUGUACAUUUAUGGUUUGGUAUGUUUUGUGAAUAAAUAGAGAAUACAAUAUACAAAUCUUUAA